AUGAACCGGCGUGACUUCCUCCAGGCUGCCCAGGAUGGAGAUGUAGAGAAAGUCCGGAGGUGGCUGGAGGAAGGACUGGACGUCAAUACAAAGGAUUAUUACGGAGACACAGGACUGUAUGAGGCAUGUAAAAAAGACCAUGACAAGGUUGUGGCGCUGCUCAUCAAGAACGGAGCUGAUCUCAAUGUGACUAACAAAGACGGAUUCACAGGUCUGUAUGUAGCGUGUAGAGGAGGUUAUGACAAGGUUGUUGAACUGCUCAUCAAGAACGGAGCUGAUCUCAAUGUGAUUAACGAGAACGGAGACACAGGUCUGCAUUUAGCGUGUUACAAUGGACAUGACAAGGCUGUUGAGAUGCUAAUCAAGAACGGAGCUGACGUCAAUGUGACUGACAACCUCGGAAGCACAGGUCUGCAUUUAGCGUGUUACAGAGGUGAUGACAAGGUUGUUGAGCUGCUCAUCAAGAACGGAGCUGACGUCAAUAUGACUGACAAGAAUGAAUACACAGGUCUGCAUAGGGCGUGUGGAGAAGGUCAUGACAAGGUUGUGGAGCUGCUCAUCAAGAACGGAGCUGAUGUCAAUGUAACUAACAGGUAUGGAUUCACAGGUCUGCAUGUAGCGUGUAGAGAAGGUCAUGACAAGGUUGUGGAGCUGCUCAUCAAGAACGGAGCUGGUCUCAAUGUGACUAACAAGGACGGAAACACAUGUCUACAUUUAGCGUGUAAAAGAGGUCAUGACAAGGUUGUGGAGCUGCUCAUCAAGAACAGGGCUGAUCUUAAUGUGACUAACAAGAUAAACAAGCGCCCGGUUGACGUUGCUGCAGGACUGGGCAGUGAUACACAAUUAUUGCUGGAGACUGAAACACGGAAGCAGGCGGAGUACAGCGAGCUGGUCUCCUCCGUGGGGUCUGAGGAGGGGACAACAGUCAAACUGUUUCUCUGUGGAGACGGGCAGACAGGCUUCAUCGUGGGUGCUCUCUGGAACAUCAGGAGGAAGUUCAGAAGACAAGACGUUUUUAACCCCACCCCGGGGGUGCAUGUAUCCAUUGAAGUCGUGCCGGGAAUCGGGAGACUCAGUCUGCACGACUUCGCGGGACAGGCGCAGUUCUACGUCACACACGCCAUGCUGCUCCGCACCACUAACGCCAUCUUCCCUGUCGUCUACAAAAUCACGGAUGGGGAGGACGAACAGAAACAGCAGGUCCAUGGUUGGCUGAGUUUUAUCCACUGCAGUAACGCAGAUCCCACCAACAAACCCCGGAUUGUCCUGAUCGCCAGUCAUGCAGACAAGCUACAGGACCGGAAAGCAGGUCGGCGCCAGGCCAAGGCUCUAGUGGAGUACUACAGGAAACUGUUCCAGGAGUCACUGAUUGUGUCACAGGAGGUGUUCCUGAUUAACUGUCUGGAAGCAGGGUCUCCUGAGAUUCAGCGGCUGCGAGAGGUGCUGGGAACAUUUAAAGACGACAUGCUGAAGCAAAGAACACAGAUUCCUAAGGUCUGUGUCCAGUUGUCGAAGACCAUCGAAGGUUGGAGAGAGGAGAGAAAGACGUUCCCGGUGAUGGGAUGGCAGGACUACCUAGCUGCUGUCAGGCAGGCAUGUAUCUACAUUGAGGAACGUAUUGCAGAGCUGGCGUCAUCGGGGAAGCAAGGGGAUGAGGUAGAGGUGGGGUUGAAAGCACCUUGUGGGCUGACGGAGUCACUGAGAGUAUGCUACAACUUCCCUAUUGUCAAGAUCGCCCGGACAGCUGAGGACUACGUCACCCUUGAGGAGCUCACCCGUGUCUUCAGUGCCGUUGCCGACAUCCCUCUGCUGAUCAAACUCCUGCAGGACUUCCAGCUCUGCCACACGUACGACGAAGUCACCUUGAUCAUCCCCAGCCUGCUGCAGCAGGAGAUGGAAGAGGCGGCGUGGUCUCCUGUGUCCAGCAAGGCUGUCUACUUCGGUCUGCAGAUCCGAGGCCGCACGGAGAUCGACAGCUUCUCGUGCGACCUGUUCCCGCGGCUGCAGACGCUGCUGAUGCAGGCGCACCCGGACAAGCUCAGUCGGCCUCUCCUGUGGAAAAACAGCGCCAAAUGUACCGACAAGAAGGCCGACGCGCUGCUGCAGAUCACACAGGACAAGAGGCAGCUCAACAUCUUCGUCAGGAGCAACGAUGGCAACAGGGAGGACUGCAACUCCAUCAUGGACCUCCUGAAGGACAUGACGUACCGCCUGCUGCACGAGACCAGCCCCGGAGCCAGGUCACGGGACAUGGUACUCAGCGCCCUGGACCUCCGGGAGCACAGUCGAGAGCCUCACGCCUACAGCAGGGCAGAGGUGGAGGCGGCGGCAGCAAAGGGCGAGAACCUCGUCCAUCCUGAGAGGAACGUCCCGGAGAAGGUCAAGGAUCUCCGGCUGAAACUAGGAUACAUGGAAGGUUAUAUGUCAAAGUGCUUCGGCAAAGUCAUACGUGGCACCAGCGCUGAUUGGGACAACUUGGCAUGGGAGCUGAACUUCGAGGAAAACGAGAUACGAGUGAUACGAGAAAUGGAACAUGACUGCGACCGCAGGUGCAGAGAGAUGCUGGAACGGUGGAGGAACAGAGAAGGAGAAGCUGCUAAUGUUCAAGCUCUGAAGAAGGCUCUCAUCAAAAUUGGGCACAGGCUCACUGCAGAAACUUUGGAAGCGCGCGAGCUGCUGGACAUUCUGGAGGCCAAAGGUGAAAGGGCAUGUGUCAAGUUCUACGCAGUCCUUAAAUUGUGUGAUAAGUUUGCUGCAAGCCUCAUAGUGGAGGAAGAAAUGUCUGAGGAGGGGGCUACAGCAAGUUAG